AUGACGCAUCGCAGGCUGCUGUACGACGUUCGUAUCGUCGCGCUUUACGCAGGGAGCCCAGUUGGCGCCCCUUUCAGAAAGGCGUCAUUCUGGUGCAGAUGUGUGCGCAGCUCAGAUCCCGGCGUCAUCCCGGACAUCCCUUACGAGACCAAGAUCAGCAUCGCAUUCAGCGAGGCGGAUGUCCAGGCGGUUCUGGACUGGACCAUGCCUUGGCGAGACCCCAAUGACGUCUCGGGCCGCGCUGUGGUGAACGCCAUCAAGGCCCACAUCGAGGUGCUUGCCCCUCACCUGGCGACGGUCGAGGACGAGGUCACCAAAGAAGAUCUGAUCGCUGCCAUGAUCGCAGCUGGCUGUCGCCUCUCGACGCCGUACACCCUGAUCCCCCGCAUCGCUUUGGUGUUCGAGACUGAUCGCAUCGCCCUGGGCCGCAACGAGCGCGUGGCCACGCAUCGCAGCCUCGUGCCGGUGUACCAGCGUCUGGCCCGCGUCUUUCGCGGCGUCUAUCUGGCGGAAGGCACCAGGCUCAUCGACAAUACGUUGAGGAUCCAGAACCGCGUCACCUUCGCGAUCAGGGUACAUACCUCGAGGAUCAACGACGACGUCCGCGCAGUCUUCGAGGAGGUGGCGAUGCGACCCGACAUCCAGACACGGUCCGACCUCCUCGACUUCCUCUUCCGUACGGUCAGAGCUCAGGACGUGAUCGUUCCGCCGCCGCCGUACCCAGCCAUCUACUACGGCUCAGACGGCGAGUUGCUCCUCUACAUCAAAGGCGUCGACGACCACCCGCACCAGAAACACAGCUUCAGGUCGGGAGAUGCCGACCUGCUCAACAAGGCUCUUCUGUCCUUUCAGCGGCUCCUGGCAGAACACAGCGACACCUGGCACGAGGACGGUGGCGCUGGGCUUCUCGUCGCUUGGAAAAAGGCCAUCGAGGACGCCGCCCGCGACAAGUAUGGCGAGGUCGGCCGCAACGUCAAGGCGCCCUCGGCCAAUCCGGGCACGGCGUUCGAGUUCUCGGCUAAGGCGACCGUCUAUCGCUGGACCACUCGCUUCUCAGAGGAAGAUAUUCGAGCCACCCGUCUGCCCGACAUCAACCGGUACGACGAAAGGUACGCCGGGAGGCCCUCGGCGCUCACGGUCUACGACGUCCUCGCAGCGCCCAAGGUCGCCACGUCGCUGGAUAUGCCUCUCACUGUGAGGGGCGACGAUGUGAUCAGCUACAUCAAGCGCCCGAAUGGCCCGCUGCCAGCCGGACUGGAACAGCUCGAGGUGUACAGAGAUCUUCUGGCCGUCGGCCCCAUGGAGGCGAUCUUUGCCAACAUCUCUGGGACCAUCAGCGCGAUCGGACCUGCUAUCGACCUCGGCGCCUGCUACGAGGUGCAAGAUGGCGCAACCGUGCGGAAGAGGCACGAGGCCGACAACAUCAGCAUCGUGCCCAACUGGCUCAACAUGGCCAAGUUGACCCAUUCGGCCGCGACGGCGCGCCUCUGUCUCCUGGCGAUCCACCUCAACCGUCAGGAGGGAUUUCGCCCUCUGCUCGACUUCAUCGACAAGCUGAUGUGGCUGUUGUAUCCCCUCGACGUCUUCAGCAGCACCGGAGCCUUCUCGAGCGGCAACAACAGCGACUCGAUCGCUGUUCUCCAGACGAUCGCCGCCUACGUGGACGGAACAACAGCGCAGCUGCCGGCCGAGGCUGAGACUCUGCUCCGAACAACGCCACCCCGCCACGAGAUGCAGCCUGCCGCCUUCGCAGCCCUUGCGGGCGUCAACAGCGAGCACGCCGCCCUGCUGGUCGACGAUGGCGACGAGCCCCAGGAUGCUCGUCCUGAGGCUGCCGACGCCGCUUCGGCCCUGUCGUCGGCCGAGCUGGCUGAGAUCUUCGAGCGCGAUGCUCAAAACCGCGUCCAGCCGUGCCAGGCCUACGGACAGCUUGACUUUCCGGCGCUCUUCGAGGGAUUGCCGUGGGCGGUCGACGAGGCACUCGCCCUCUGCCUUCGCCUCUACAUCACCUUCAUCACCGAGUGCGACUUCACCGCUUGUAUCGUCAUUGGUGUGCUCGUGCCGGACUGGGUGCGAGUCGGCGGCAAGCCUUAUCCCGAGCUGGCGAUCCUUGUCGUCAUCAAGCGCUUGCUCGCCGCCGGGUACAAGGACCCCCUCACCGGCCUCAGCAUCGGUCUCUACCCCCGACAUCAUCCUCUACGCCUCUCCAUCGGCCAUCGCACGCACCGCUCGAUGCAGGCUGCUCUGCCAGCGUCCGCCACCGCCGAUGACGACUUCAACAUCGAGUGUCAAAGUUCCCGGGGCAAUUGGCUGAUCAAGGCGUAUACACAGGCAAGCAUAGCAGCUAUCUUGAGGGCCGAGUACACCUUCAACGAUGCUCUCGUCACGCGUCUCUGCCGAAUGGCGGGCCUCGGCCGAGCGACACUGCCCUCACUCGCCCAGCCGACGCUCGCUCUUGUCGAUGACCUGCGCCGCAACCGUGCCGUCGCACCAGCUGAAUCAUACACGCUGUUCGAGAGGCACCGCAACUCUACGCUGCCGGGCAGUCCGGGCCACCUUGGCUCUGUCCGCCGCUACUGUCACUUCCGACAAUGA